AUGACUAUUACACAACCGGAAACCCAAUUAUUACCUUCCAAGAUCUCAAGUGUUGCUGUUAUUGGUGGUGGUCCCGCUGGUCUUACUUCAGUUUAUGAAUUGUUACAUACUUCAAAGGAUGGGAUUUCAACUGUUGGUGGUGGAUUACCAUUAGAGCCUGCGUUUACCAAGAUUCAAGGGUUUGAACAGCUAUCACAAAUUGGUGGUGUUUGGAAUGCUUCAUUAGAUAAAACUGAUCCCCCAGUUCCUUCAUCAAAAACCUUGAAAUUAGAAAGGUUUAAUGAUCCAUUUGUUUUGAAACCAAGGAAACCAAUUCCUAAAGACUUGGUGAUUGGAAAGGAAGUUAUCAAGCCUUUAGAAAUUCUUCAUCCACAAUAUUCAAAUUCUGCCGUUUAUGAACAUUUAUAUACAAACAUCCCAGAAGAAUUAAUGAGUUUUUCAUAUCAACAACUUCCAAGGUUAUCCGAGUCAUCCAUACGUCCUUUUUUAAGACAUUAUGAAGUACUGGAAAGGUUGAAGCUCUUAGAAUCAACUUAUGACUUGGGGAAGUAUUAUAGAUUUAACACUGAAGUUGAAUCAGUUUCUUAUAAUCCAAACUCCAAGAGUUGGACUUUAGUAUCAAGAACAAUAAAUUAUGGAGAUCAAACAGAAACUUGGAGAUCUGAAGUUUUUGAUGCAGUUAUUGUUGCUGGAGGUCAAAAUAACAUACCUUAUUAUCCACAAAUUAAAGGUCUUCAAUCUUUUAUCCAAUCAUACCCAAAUAAACUGAUACAUGCCAAAACUUAUAGAUCAUCUGAACAAUUGGCAAAUAAAAAUGUUUUAAUUAUAGGUAGUAGUUCUACAGCAUCAAAUAUUAUAAGUACAGGUUUUCCAGUGGCUAAAUCAAUUUAUUUAUCAAGAAGAUCACCAAAACAUAAUUUUGACUAUUUGAAUAGAGUCUUUGCAUCAGAUGGUAUUAUCCCCAAACCAGAAGUUGAAGAAUUCCAUCAGGACGGUACCAUUGAAUUUAAUGAUGGUUCUUUAUUGAAAGAUGUUGAUUUGAUUAUCAUUGCAACUGGUUAUCUUUAUCACGCGCCAUAUCUCCAGGAAGGCCUUUUAGAUUUAAACAAUCCAAUUGAAUCACCAAUUUACUCUAAAAAGGCUGAUAACUUAUAUCUUCAUGCUUUUAACAUCAAAUUACCAACAUUGGCGUUUGUUGGUAUUCCAAAUACACCAACCGUUUGGAGAGCUAUUGAAACCACUGCAAGUGCAGUUGCAGGUAUUUGGUCUGGAUCCAAAAGAUUACCACCAUUAGAGGAUCAAUUGAAAUGGAGAUUGGAAAGAAUCGAAGAAUCAACCAAUGAUAAGAGAUUUCAACAAUAUCCUACUGAUUCUGCAAAGGAAAAACUUAUUGAUCCAUUAUUUGAAUUAGCUCCAAAGGGUAGAACAAAUCCAUUACCUGAUGAUCAGUAUAAACAAGUGAUCAAUAAAAGCUUUGGUGAUUCUGAAAGAUUAUUUUAUGAAUUUAAAAAUGGUGUUCUAAAAGAUAAAUGA